UGUAGAUCACCAAGAAGUGCCCAAGAAGUGGGUCGUGUCGCGUAUAAAACAAGUGAUUUUUGGCAGCCCGGACGCAUUCGGUUAUUGUUCGAGAACGCGUGAAAAAGUGGUGGCGUCGCGUCGCGGUUGUUUUGUUUUCGAAAAUUAAUCGGCGGAUCCGGUCGGCGGAAAACAUCGUGGUCGGUUGACAGGUUCUGAGGAAAUACUGGGACUGGAGUAAAAUCGGAGGAGCUGAACAUCGGAAAUAAAAAUGCUGUCACUUAAACUAGCAGCGCUAGUGCUGCUAUCAACCACAGUACUGGCAGCAAAGAGUCCUUCGCAAUCUAAAACGGGUUCGACAAAAUCCCCUGGUCAUCUGAAACCCACAACAACUAAGACUCCUCAUGGUAAGCGAGAAGCCACCGCUGGAGGAUACGGUCACAUGGAUUACGUUGCUCCCACGCAUCCCGGAUACAGCUACGGAGUUCCACAGCAGCCAUUCAACUACCCACAGUACCACAAAUAUUUCUCUUCUCCAUACAAAUUCCAAAUGCCACAAGCAUCGUUCUUUGCACCCGCUGCACAGCAUGGAUAUAAUAUGUUUUCGGACGCUCCGGUAAAAUACAACAUUGGUUCGAAAGAACUUGCUGACUUGUUAAAGGCGUUGAGUGCACAGAACCCAUCGAUAUCCAUCAAAGCCGUCCCAUCUGGGCAUGGUUGGGAUUCUCCCUUCAGCUAUGAUACAUUCGAUAGCCAUUACAAACCGACUAUGAUAAAGUUCCAUGAAAUUCCAUCCUAUGGCACUCCAUUAUCAGCUCCAGCCUAUUUGUCUGGAGGAUUACACGAACCGACCUAUGCUGCAGGAGUUAAGGGUCUUCGUCAUUUCGCGUCUACACUUGGUACACCAGUUUCUGAUUUGUACUCUGGAAAUAAAUACAUCUCAGCCAUCAAAACGAUACCUAUUCAGCAUCCUUCCCAAAUAGUGUCUCCACUGCAUACUUCAAUCACCCACAACCCUAAACCCUUCAAACCUUCAACCUACCUGGGAUCAACAAACGAAAUAUCCGAAUAUGCACCGACGCAAAUUCCAACGUCUUCCAUAGCUCACAACUCCUAUCUAGCCCCAGCACUUCAAUAUCUUCCCCCAAGCAAGGUCCCAAACAAACAUGAACAACCCUCGAAGCAUUACCUUCCGGUCGCAGGUCAAAAACCUAACACAAACGCUUAUCUUCCUCCACCCACCAAUAACGCCUACCUGCCUCCAACUAACAACGUCCACCAUCAAUCUCCUAACAACGCUUACCUUCCUCCUGUUAACAACGCCUACCUCCCUCCAACGAACAAUGCAUACCUUCCACCGACCAACAACGCCUACCUUCCUCCCUCAAAACCUUCAAACAAGUACCUUCCGGCAGCACCUUCCAGCAAUGCCUAUCUUCCACCUUCUCACGAUGACAAACAUCUGCAGCACCUUCAGAACAACCAUCACAGCGUCGAGGAGUCCAACGAAUCGUACGGCUUCAGCGCAACCGGUUCUGCACCAGUUGGAACAACGGCGAAACCCUAUCAUCAUCCCUGGCAACCGUAGAAGGGUGUUCAGUAUUACAACUGUGGAGUUGAGCAUUUAGAAGAUGUAUAGUUUAAAAUAAAUAAGAAUAAUAAAAAAAUACUCAUGCUCGCGAAAUGAUGUGAUUUUAAAUUGAUAUUUAUGGAAGGAACUGCCAUUAGGAACACUAGGAAAACGAAGAUAUGGAACGCAGUGAUGAUGGUACGGCUUGGAUGCUUUGAAGCUAUGAGCAAUAAGUUUAACUGAUUUUUAAUUUAAGCUAGUGCCUUGAGUUAUUUCAAUAACAAC